CGUGGAGCCAAGAAACAGGUCUGACCUCAGUUACUGGAACUAAGCAAGGCGCUGUUUUAAAGAGUCCCUAAAGUGUGGGUAGGCAAGACAAAAUGAACACCACCGUCUCAGACUUCAACUCCACCUUGGCAUCCUACACAGAAAAUGUCACCCUGUCCAGUCUGAUUUUCACCCCAACCACCCCAACCACAACCACCACCAUCCCUCAGCCUCCAUCCUAUUCCUCAGAUAUCCACGACCCAGAAUACACCAUCAUGGUGGUGCUGGGACUAUCGCUGCUGCUGGCGGGGUUAGCCGCCUUCCUGGCAGUGUGCAGGCCCUCAGAGCAGGACGGGGACUCGGAGGCGAGCUGCGGUGAGAGUUUGACCUGUGGGGGAAACGGGUCCAGCGAGCCGCAGCUGAAGGUGUGGAGGAGACUAGGAUCGUAUCGGCGUUCAUACAACAUUUCGUUCAGACGACCGCCGCUUCGCAGGCCACACUGGCGCGAGAGCCUAAACACAGCCCGGACUCCAGCCCGACAGACAGCACAGCCAGAAGCCAGUGUGGAGCCCCAUAUCACCAUGCCUUGUUUAUUUGACUAUGUCACUGAAAUCUGAUCUCAGGACGGACUGACUGACUAUCUCAUGGAUGGUGCUAAACAUUACUAAUAACAGCUGUGGGUGAAGAGUACAUGAAGAUAACGUGUUUACUUUGAAUGCUAGCUGGAUGAGGUUUGCAACUAAACAAGUGUUUACAAAAUCAAAUCAAAAAGUGACUGUAGCAGGGUUUACCCUUUUUUGGAUUUUGUCACCCUUUAUAGAAGGUUAUGUUGUUGGGCAUUGAUUUUCUUUGCAGCAGAGCUCUGCACUAUAUGUAGAAAUGCAACCUGAGCCAAAAGAUACCACGCUGAUUCUUUGUGUUUGUUAUGAAAUUAAAUGAUGUUUAAGUGUGA